GUAUAACUUUGAUUCUCCCCGCACUUUCGGUUAUCCGACUCCUCCUGAUACUCGUUCCGGAUUUAUAUUCGCGCACCCUUCCCCUCCACCACCACUGCCUCCCCUCAAUCAUCCGGAAUUGACCAAUGUAUUAUCUUUCCAGCCAAGAGUUUUCGCCGGUGAUGUCCCUAAAGCAUCUCAGUCUUGUAUACCACUUCGUCAGGCUGGCCACUCGAAAACGCUUCCUGCUCGUUUUAAGAAGUUAUCAGGAGAUGAAAAUGCUAUUCCCCCGUUAUCCAAGACGUUUGAGCGCUCAAUUCGUCAUCAUACAAGUCUUCCAGGUGCCCAUGAAAUAUUUGAUUCUCCUCUCGAGGACCGACCCGAGCUCACGCGAAAGCAUUCUCGUGCCAGGACUAUAUCUGGUCGAUUCAAACUUAAAAGGCGUUCCAGUGCUGACUGGUGUGCUCAUCACGCUACGAUUGGUGUCAACUCUGGAAGUGAUCACAGCUGGCCGGCAGAUGUUUCCAGAGAGAUUUUGAGACUAUCUCUCGCUCAAGGUGAUACCGCGACUGCAUCCGGUGUAUCCGGCAACAUCAUUCGGCCGGCAUCCUCCGGGAAAAACAAGGAGCUAGCACCACGUGGUCCCAGCGUGCCUACCGACCCUGAGGCACUCGUAUCAGAA